AUGACAUCACGACAAGACAGACAAAUCCCACCCCUAAUCACUUGAAUACCUAUAUAACGAUGCCAGUAUGGGCUGUGAAAUUCACACCAUUGUGGAUAUUGACACAGACAAUAUGGAAUUGAACUCGAUGGAUACGGUGGAGAUGCCCAUUUUCGGUAGCACUCUCAAGCUAAUGAAGUUCUGGUCAUAUCUGUUUGUUCACAACUGGCGUCGGUAUGUCGCAAUGGCUCCGUACAUUAUCAUCAACUGUACUCAGUAUGUGGAUAUAUAUCUGAGCACCGAGUCCUUGGACUUUAUCAUCAGGAAUGUUUACCUGGCUGUAUUGUUCACAAACACGGUGGUCAGAGGUGUAUUGUUGUGCGUACAGCGGUUUAGUUACGAGCGUUUCAUUAGUAUUUUGAAAGGCUUCUACAUUGAGUUGUUGCAAUCAGAUGACCCUACCAUCAGCCUUUUGGUGGAGGAAACCACUCGGCUAUCAGUUUUCAUUAGCAGGAUUAAUUUGUUAAUGGGCUGCUGCACUUGCAUUGGCUUUGUUACUUAUCCCAUUUUUGGUUCGGAAAGAGUUCUGCCGUAUGGCAUGUAUUUGCCCACCAUUGAUGAAUACAAAUACGCCUCGCCCUACUACGAGAUUUUCUUUGUGAUUCAAGCCAUUAUGGCUCCAAUGGGGUGUUGUAUGUACAUACCGUACACGAACAUGGUAGUGACCUUUACCCUUUUCGCCAUACUCAUGUGUCGUGUUCUGCAGCACAAGUUGAGAAGCCUAGAAAAGCUGAAGAAUGACCAAGUGCGUGGUGAACUCAUAUGGUGCAUAAAAUAUCAGCUAAAAUUAACAGGAUUUGUGGACUCAAUGAAUGCCUUGAACACCCAUCUGCAUUUGGUGGAGUUCCUUUGCUUUGGGGCCAUGCUCUGUGUUCUUCUCUUCUCCUUGAUUAUUGCUCAAACUAUUGCUCAGACCGUAAUAGUCAUCGCAUACAUGGUAAUGAUAUUUGCCAACAGUGUGGUCCUCUACUACGUGGCCAAUGAACUUUACUUUCAAAGCUUUGAUAUCGCCAUUGCUGCCUAUGAGAGCAAUUGGAUGGACUUCGAUGUGGACACACAAAAGACUUUGAAGUUCCUCAUCAUGCGCUCACAAAAGCCCUUGGCGAUUCUGGUGGGUGGCACCUAUCCCAUGAACUUGAAAAUGCUCCAGUCACUACUGAACGCCAUUUACUCCUUCUUUACCCUUCUGCGUCGCGUUUACGGCUAAGAACUAUUCGCUUACAAGGUUUUUUCCCCUUUCAAGGAACAAUUGCCACAAUUGAUUGCAUUUAAGCAGCAAAUGCUCCCCUCGAAGGAUAUUGUGGGAGGGCAAAUGCGGUGCAAUUGGAUUGUUGCAAAUGCAUUCGAGGCAACUGCAACACGUCUCCCAAAUAUUCCAAAGGAGCAACCAACGAAAUAAACUAUAAUAAAAUUGCUUCUCUAGGAUCCUUUGUUGCCCUUUCGACCACAUCUUGGCCUGGCAGUUGACCACGAGCGCUUCCUUUUGUUGUUGGCUCAUUGUUAUGCCCGGCACGUGCCACUCAGAUAACUUCUAUUUAAGCAAAUAUAAAUCUAAAGUGUGCUAAAUUAGAUUAAAAUGUUCUCGUAAAAUAAACGUUGUCCAGUCUGCCGCCAGCUGAUACAGGGAUUCCAGGGGACCAAGGAGCAACCUACCACCUACCAUUAUUGUGUCCGAAAUUGCUUACAAAUUCCCGCUCCGAGUGCCAAGUAAGCCAAAUUGUUAAUUAAUGCUGGAAAUUGGAAACUCUGUUAUUUAUCCCCAAUGAGGUCAUUGUAUAAAAGUGGAGA